AUGCAGCCUGUCUCAGCUCUUCUGGCCACUCUUCUGCUUCUGCCUCUGGUGCUCCCUGGAGAGAUACAACUGGUGAGAACUGUGUCAAACCUGGUGAAUGAGAGUGGCAUCUGCCAAUGUGUAGUCCACCUGCCCAACAACUCCAUCCUUCUGCAACAGCUAGAGAAACUACAAAGUACAGUGCAAGAGCUCUUCGGCAAAUAUGAGCAGGAGCGAUCCAGGGCCAGUGAGUAUGUGCAGGCCAUUGACGAUAACAGCAACCAGGCCCUGGAAAUGGGCAGCAUGAGCGAGUCCAGGAAUCCCAGGGCCUUUGUUCCCUCCUUUGAAACCUCAGCCUUUAAUCUGCUGAGCCUGGAGUUUGAGAGAAUGCAGGAGUUGGCAACUCAGCUUAUGGCCGAGGGUGGAGUCAAUGGGUCCACAGACCUCCUCCACCAACUCCAGGAGCAGGUGACCUAUGCCAGCCUAACCCUCAGGCUUCUGGGUGACACUGAGUGGCGCAGCUCCGGUGCUCUCCAGUGGGAAGUAGAUGUCCUCAAGGGCCGACUAAGGGCGUGGGAGCGGGAGAGGGAGCACGACCCGGCCUCCAGAUACUCUGGGGCACACCGACCCCCUGGCUCUUGUGCUCAUGGAGGCCUCCAGAAGGUCAGCAGCCCUCUUGUGCUGCAGCUCAAUUGGAGGGGCUUAUUCUACAAGGCGGGCGCCUGGGGCCGAGACUCAGCACCCAGUUCAACCUCUUCCCUUUACUGGGUGGCCCCGCUCCGUCCAGAUGGCAGGAACUUUGACUACUAUUGGCUGCAAAAGUCUUUCGAUGACCUCAUGCUGCUGAAGAACUAUGAGGAGUGGAAGAUGGGUUAUGGUGAUGGGAGUGGUAAUACUGUGUAUAAGAAUUUCAUGUACUUUAACUACUAUGGCACCAGUGAUAUGGCCAAGGUAGACCUUUCUUCCAACACCCUGGUACUGCGGCGCCCGUUGCCUGGUGCCACCCACGGUAACCGCUUCUCCUAUGCUGGUGUGUCCUGGAAAGACUUAGAUUUUGCAGGUGAUGAGAAGGGGCUGUGGGUGCUCUAUGCCACGGAGCAGAGCAAGGGCAACCUGGUUGUAAGUCUUCUCAACGCCAGUACUCUAGAAGUAGAGGAAACCUGGCAUACCAGCCAGUAUAAACCAGGCCUGUCAGGGCCCUUCAUGGCCUGUGGGGUGCUCUAUGCCUUGCGCUCACUGAGCACUCGCCAAGAGGAGAUCUUCUAUGCUUUUGACACUAGCACUGGGAAGGAGACCCACCUCAGCAUCCUGUUGGACAAGAUGUUGGAAACACUGCAUGGCAUCAAUUACUGCUCCUCCGACCACAAACUCUAUGCCUAUAAUGACGGUUUCCUAGUGAAUCAUGACCUCACCUUCUCAACACUGGAGCACAAGCCGCCAAGACUCCCAGCCCCAAGACGUUCUGGGGUUCUUUCUCCCCCAAAACCUGUUAAACCUAAUGAGCAUUCCAGGCCCUGA